AUGCUAGCGGCACGCACAGGGACCAUGGGGAAUAAAAAUGCCGAGGAAGUCCUGAAGCUGAGGAAGCAGUCGGUGCAUUCCCUGGGGAGCAGGGAGAGACCCCUGAAGAGCUCCUCAGAAAAUGGGAAGGAGAGCCGAGCCCGGGCCGGCCAGCCGCAGCAGCAUGCCUGGCGGCUGGCUCUGCUGCGGGAGCUGGAGAUGAACUGGUACCUGCGGGUCUGUGAGCUCUCCCACGAGUACACCAUCGCCUACACCACUGGGAUGCCCCACAGAAACCUUGGAAAAUCUGGACUGAGAGUCUCGUGCCUGGGCCUGGGGACAUGGGUCACUUUUGGAGGUCAAAUCUCAGAUGAGGUGGCCGAGCAGCUGAUGACCAUUGCCUAUGAGAGCGGCGUCAACCUAUUUGACACAGCUGAGGUGUAUGCGGCUGGCAAGGCUGAGGUCAUCCUGGGAAACAUCCUGAAAAAGAAGGGCUGGAGGAGGUCCAGUCUGGUCAUAACAACAAAACUGUACUGGGGUGGAAAAGCUGAAACAGAAAGAGGGCUUUCAAGAAAGCACAUCAUUGAAGGGCUAAAGGCUUCUCUCCAGAGGCUGCAGCUGGAGUACGUGGAUGUCGUCUUCGCAAACCGGCCAGACAAUAAUACCCCCAUGGAAGAAAUUGUCCGAGCGAUGACACAUGUAAUAAACCAAGGUAUGGCGAUGUACUGGGGAACGUCACGCUGGAGCGCUAUGGAGAUCAUGGAAGCCUACUCUGUAGCCAGGCAGUUUAACAUGAUACCACCCGUGUGUGAACAAGCUGAAUACCACCUUUUCCAAAGAGAGAAAGUGGAGGUUCAGCUGCCGGAAUUAUAUCAUAAAAUAGGGGUCGGAGCAAUGACGUGGUCUCCACUAGCCUGUGGGAUCAUCUCAGGGAAAUACGGCAAUGGGGUCCCUGAAAGCUCAAGGGCUGCACUAAAGUGCUACCAGUGGCUGAAAGAGAAAAUCAUAAGCGAGGAAGGCAGAAAGCAGCAGGUGAAGCUGAAAGACCUGUCGCCCAUCGCCGAGCGCCUCGGGUGCACGCUGCCUCAGCUGGCCGUCGCAUGGUGCCUGAGAAACGAGGGGGUGAGCUCUGUUCUUCUAGGAUCUUCCAACCCAGAGCAGCUGAUAGAGAAUCUCGGAGCCAUACAGGUCCUUCCAAAGAUGACAUCCCAUAUUGUAAACGAAAUAGAUAAUAUUCUGGGAAAUAAGCCCUACACCAAGAAGGACUACCGAUCAUAAUGCAAUGCAUGAAUUACCUGGACUGCAUGGUUUAAAAAGUGCUGUGUACAGAAGUACAGCCCCGAGUUAAUAUCCGGUCAUGAGAAUCAUUCAGCAGCUUGCUGCUCGGUGUCUACUGUCACUGGAUCCUUCGAGAUGUGUGCUAUUCCUACUAAUCUGCAGUGAAAUUUAAAAGCACAGUUGAUCUCUCUUCUAACCAAGAAUAAUCUUGUAUUUUCUUACCUUUGACUGAAUUCAUUAAUUUUUACUUUACUCUUAGCACCUCAUGCUUGUGCUGUGAAAAACACUUGUAAAGCAAAAAAUAAUUUAUAACCUUCAGGUACUUGGUAAUUAAAGGAGGAUGUACAGAUCUAUUUUUUCAAUGAAGAAAAGCCAGAUACAACUUAAGGUUUUAAUAAAUCCACAUUUGGGAAAUCUCAACUAUAAAGUUUCUUCAGGUUAACAGAUAGAAGGGGCAAGCUCAAAUUUUCCGUUUUCUUUUUUAUGCUGAAUAUACGCUUUAGAUUUCGUUUGUAGUUGAAUAAAGGAUGUAAGACAGAGAAUUAGUUAGAAAUUAGAUAGCUCAACUCCUAAGUAUACAAUUAUUUCAGCUGUGGAGCACUCCUGGGAAGUAUUUCUGAGUACAAGCCAGAAGAGCACAGUUAGAAAAUCCAAACACGCACGUCAGGUUAAUAAAAACAAUGGCUGUUUGCAAAAUUCUAA